AUGCCCUCGUUCCCGGAGGCUCUGCGCUUCGGGUGCGAGCGCCUCAGCACCAUGGUGGCGCGCUAUCCGCCCGGCGCCCGCUACGCGCGGCACCGCGACGCCCUGCAGAGGGGCCGGCGGCUGACGGCGGUGUACUACCUGAACCCCGCCUGGAAGCGCCAUACGAAAAACGGGGCCUUGGCUUCCCAACCGGAGCCGGAGCCCCUCGCGCCUUCCUUCGGGGCCCGGGGCCCGGCCGCAGCACGGCGGCUGCCUACGAGCGCACCUUCCGGCGGCGCCGGCUCAACGGGGCGCGCGCGGUUUGAAGGGCGCCGCUUCGUCGCCACGGAGGGCUCUGGUUAUUCAGCCCUCCCCAUGCGGAAGUGGGCGCUGCUGCUGGGGCUGGGCUCCGGCUUCGUGAGUCUGCCGCGAUGGAGGUGCCCCCGCUUGCAGCUGCAUGCCCUUGUCCAGGACGACCUGGGCGUUGAAGCCGAGUUCGAGGAUCCGCUGGAGGUGCUGGACGCCUUGCGUGCGGAGGAGAAGCGCCGCAAGAGCCACGCGGCAACAGCAGGCCACCAGCCCGUGCAGGAGCUGGAGACGGUGGAAGCUUUGCUGAACACGGUGACCGGCGAAGACGGCGCCGAAGGUUUGUACGUGGACGGCACCUUUGGGCGCGGGGGCCACGCCAGGUCCAUCUUGGCGCGCCUGGGCCCCUCCGGGCGGCUCUGCGGCUUCGACGUGGACCCCAGGGCCGUGGCGGCGGGGCGGGAGCUGGAGGCGGAGGAUGCGCGUGCUCUUCGAGCUUCCCCCGCCCGAGGCUUCACCAUCUUCCACCGGCCCUUCGCCGAGAUGCACGCGGCGCUCGCGGCGGAAUCGGAGGCGCCGGGAGCGCCGGAGGCGGAGGGCGUGCUGUUGGACCUGGGGGUGUCCAACAACCAGGCGGACGAGGGUCUCCGCAUCUCUGACCACGUGCCAGUGGACAUGCGACUGAACCCGUCCGAGGGGGUUUCGGCCUCAGAAUGGCUGCAGCAAGUCUCUGUGGAGGAGCUGGCUUGGGUCAUCCACAGCUACGGCGAGGAGGACCCGGUGGUUGCCGACCGCAUCGCCGAGCGGGUGAAGCGGCGCACGCGGAGCUGUCCCUUCCGAAGCCUCGGGGAGCUUUCGGAGGUGAUCAAGUCGGUGAAGCGGAUCAGCUUCCCGGCCUCGCACUCCGUCGUGGGGAAGUACGCCAACCAGGUGAACCCUGCGAAGCGGGCCAUCAACGCCAUCCGCGUGUUCCUGAACCGUGAGCUGCAGCAGCUCGAGGAAGGCCUCGGGGCGGCCAUGCGGCUGCUGAAAGUGGGGGGCCGCUGUGCGGUGCUCACCUUCAGCCCCUUGGAGAGGCGCGUCGUGCACGAGUUCCUUCGGAACCACGAGGAGCCUCCACCGGAGGAUGUGGCGAACCUGAGCCCUGGUAGGCUGGCCGAGCUCUUCCCCCUGGCGGGCACGGCUCUGCCUUUUUCAGUGCAGCGCCUCACUGCGCAGCGGGCGCCCCGAGGCGCGGAGUACGCCGCCUCGCCGCGGUCCCGCAGCAGCGCGCUGCUGCUGCUGAAGAAGUGCCCCCGCGCCGCGCCGCUGGCUCCCGUGCUGCCGCCGGCCGUGCGCCCUGCCCCGGCGCGCUUCCGGGAGCCGCGGCCGCCGCGGCUGCGCGGGGGGGCGGCGGAAUGAGACGCCUCCGAGCGGAGCGGGGGAAGCGG